AUGGCAAUGGGUCAGUCUACGGGCCGGGCACCACCACCUUCAAAUCAAACAAGUACAGAUGAGGCAUCACCACCUGCAAACCAAACAGCGUCAUCACCAACUUCUCCACCAACAAGUCAGCAGCGGUCUGGUGGAUCCAAGUGCCCUCUGAUGCCAACAUGUGAAGCAAGUACAGGGAAUAAGAGAUUGAAAAUAGCAGUUCCAGUGAGUACUUUCAAAGAAUUUGUGAGCAUCACCAAGGAUAACUUCACUGGGGAACAAAUAAUUGGAGGUUUCUCAAUAGAAGUCUUCAAGGCUGUUGUUAAUAGAGGCAUAAGUGACCCCAUUGAGUAUGAUCUUUACCCUUUUGCCAAGUCAGAUGGAAGCUUCAAUGGAAGCUUUGAUGCUAUGCUUCAAGCAGUCUCUAAUAAGGAAUAUGAUGGAGCAGUAGGGGAUACUACAAUAAGAUAUGAUAGGUCACAAUGGGUUGAUUUCACACUGCCUUAUUCAGACACAGGAAUAACAAUGAUGAUUUCAACAAAAAAAGAGUCCACCAAAAAGACUGGAAUCAAAUUGAUUCCUUUAGUCAAGGGUUUGGUGUCUGCUGCACUUGUAUUUUGCUUUGUUAGUGCACUUAUCUUUUGGUUUGUGGAAUUCAGAAAUGAUAAAAAUAGACAGUCACAGCAGGCACCUAUGAGUUCUGGCACACAAGGACCAGGACAACGUGCAAACGUCGAUGACUAUUGGCGAAGGGAAACAUUGAGAGCAAUAAUCCACACAAGGCUAGUAAUUGUAAUCCUAUUUCUAGUACUAUUAUUCUUAACAUCCUGUUAUGCAGCAAGUUUUACUACAUUAUUAACAGCACAAAGACAAAGAACCGCAAUAAGAACACUAGAUGAGCUCAUAAGAAAAAGAGCAAAAGUAGGGAAUCAAAAAGGAUCAUUUGUUCCUCGUUUGCUAGUUAAGAGAGGUUUUUCAGAAGAUCAAAUAAUAAUUUAUGAUACUGAACAACAAAUGAUUGAUAUAUUGGCUAAGGGAAACGAACCAGGAGGUGUUGCUGCUAUUAUUGAUGAAACACCUUAUCUUAAGGUUUUCCUAUCUAAGAAUUGCAAUAAGGGCUAUGCUCUUGUUCCUUCCUUUGAUCUUCAUGCUGAAGGUUUUGGCUUUGCAUUCCAAAAAGGUUCAAACUUGGUACAACCAAUUUCAAAUGGGAUUUUGAAAUUGAUGGAUGAUGAUCAAUUAUCAAGCAUUCAAGAUAGGACAAUUGGGAGUCUUGAUUCAUGUGAAGAUGAACCUGAUACAGCUAAUGUUGAUUCCAAUCUAUUAGACUAUGACACUUUAUGGAUCUUGUUUGCUGGAGCCAUAGGAGCUGCACUAUUGGUGAUCAUAUUGUAUAUUAUUUAUUUAGGAACCAAUUGUGAUGCCUUAAGGAGAAGAGUUUCUUAUCCUUGUUAUCUACUCCCCAAUCACUAAGA